CACACAACCACACACACACACACACACACACACACAGUAAAAUAAAUAAAGAGCCAAAUUCAGAUGUAUGUCAUGGUCAUGUCCAUAUAACUGGUUCAAGCUGGCGCACUCUGUCUGCAGUUCAUCGUCUGAGUCUAGACCUGUGCAGCUCUGUGUCAUGCUACAGUGCUUCAAUCGCUCCAGCUGUCAGAGGACUCUCAGUGCAGUCUUUAUAAGCGAACGUUAUUUUAAGGAGAUGUCUGCCCUGCAGGAAAUCAGUCAAAAUGUGAGGAGCAUGAAGCAAUUAGAUUAUAGCGCUCUGGCCAGACGAGCAAACCAGAUCAAGGAACAGCUCAGACAGAAGGUGAAAAAGCCAUACAAAGACGUGAUAGAUGUCUCCUGGGGGGACCCUCACAGGGCAGGUGUGAAGCCUCUGUCAUUUGUCCGACAGGUUCUUGCAGCUUGUCUUUACCCUCAGGUUAUGAGCAGUGACAAACUGCCAGUGGACGUCAAACAGAGAGCUCAGAGUCUGCUCAAGGAAUGUGUUGGAGGAGGUGUAGGUUCUUAUACUGCUACAGCAGGUAUAUCAGAAAUAGUCCACAGAGUAUCUGAAUUCAUCACAAGACGAGAUGGAGGGGUUCCAUGUCACCCUGACAACAUUUACAUCAGCCCCGGCUCACAGUGGGCACUCCAGAACAUUUUCAAGGUCUUGGUGAAUGGUGAGGUGUCACCCAGAACAGGUGUGUUGAUUCCAGUGCCAUGCUACUCCACCACCUCUUUGUCCAUAGUGGGGUUGGGAGCAGUCACUGUUCCCUACCACCUCAUCGAGGAGCAGGGCUGGGAGCUGCAGGUGGAGGAGCUGCAGCGAGCACUGGAAUCUGCAAAGGGUGUCUGCAACCCUGUGGCUCUGUAUGUUGUCAACCCUGGAAAUCCCACAGGUCUGGUUCAAAGCAGGAAAUCAAUGCAAGAGGUGAUCCGGUUUGUUUCAGAGAAGAGACUCUUCCUUCUGGCUGAUGAGGUCUAUCAGGACUGUGUUUAUGGGGAAGAGAGCAAGUUUGUCUCUUACAAGAAGGUUCUAGCUGAGAUGGGUCCUCCUCUUUCAGACACAGUGGAGAUGGCAUCUUUUCACUCAGCGUCCAAAGGCUUCAUCGGAGAGUGCGGUUUACGUUGUGGAUAUGUGGAGCUGGUAAAUCUGGACCCUGCUGUUCUGAAAUACAUCUACAAUUUGUUCUCGAUAGACUCCUGUGCACCUGUGCUGGGUCAGUUUGCCCUGGAUCUGAUGAUAAAUCCUCCAAAACCAGGAGAUCCCUCAUACCCACUUUAUAGUGAGGAGACACAGCACAUCAGGACCACGCUGGCUCGUAAUGUGAAAAGAGUCUUUGAGGUGGUUAACAGUCUGCCGGGUGUCUCCUGCCAGCCAGUGAAAGGAGGAGCAUUCGCGUUCCCCAGACUGCAGCUUCCACCUAAAGCCAUUCAGAAAGCAAAGGAAAUGGAAAUGCUACCAGACCUGUUCUACAGUUUGAAACUACUGGAGGAGGCCGGUGUGUUAGUCAGUCCUGGCUGUGAGUACGGACAAAAGGAGGGCACACACCACAUCAGAUUUUGCAUCACAACCCCUGAGGACACUAUGGAAGAAUUACUGAGGCGCCUGACCAGCUUUCACACACAGUUUAUGAAGGACUUCUCUUAAACCAAAGGCACUGGGGGGGGGGGGGUCCCUUUUGUCGAUCUGCAGUUCAAAAAUUCAUUCCAAUCAUAAAAAGGUUCCAAUGAUUUUCCUCACGUUGGCAUGUGAAUUUUUAUUGCAAUACAUUUGACAUUUAUUGCAUGCGGGCUGUUUUAAUGGCCUUAGGCCAAUGAUUCUCUUCUAAGUAAAAUUCAACUUCUGCUUUUGUGGAAGCAAAUAACCAUAAAUAAUAAACCGUGGUCCAAAAUCCAAACGGAUGGAAUUCCUCACAUAUAGCAGUUCAUCAUUUACCUCAACAUAACAGAAGCAGACUGCAGUCCACUGUUGAUUUCUGCUCUUCAAGAGUCCUGUUUAGUUCAGCACAUUAAAGUGAUAGUUUCGGGAUUUUUGAAGUGGGGAUGUAUGAGAUAUUUAUGCAUAGUAUACAGUUGCUGGUGGCUGCGCAUUGCAAAAACAGACAGGGCAUGCAUCAACCCUUUACCAUU